ACAGUACGGUACAUCAUAGAACGUAGUAACAGGUAUCACUGAAUGACCUGAUAAGGUAACUUGAAAAUACGGGACAUGCCAUUGCAAUAGUGUAUACUUGAUACGUACAAUACUUAUACUUUUGUGAAAAAUUGUAUGAGCUUUUAAACGUUAUUAUGUGCAUUCAGUCUUCAUUACCUUUUGUUGAUCGAAAAAGUAACCCAAAACACAACCAUACAGAACGACGUUUUGUGACGUACAAGAACGUACUGAUUGCUGAUGGAAGAAGUUAGACGGUUCGAGUAGAUCUUGUAUCAAGUAUAAAAUACGUACGAAAGCUCAUUGAUCCCUAAAAAACAGUAAAUAUUUCAAUAAAAUAAAAUCUUUCAUACAAGAAAAGUAAAUUUGAUAUUUUCAAUAGUUCUUUUGUCAAUUAUAUUUGUUCCUUUUGCAUAAAAAUAUCGACGGAGUCUCAAAUACUUCUUAAAUACUUUCUUACUGGGAUCGGAAUAUUUACGAGAAACAAUAGUGAAUAUUUAACUUUUGACUGUGAGUAUUGAAUUUUAACGAAUUUAAAGAUUGCAGAUUUGAGAUAGCCAGAUUGAAAAAUAAUUAAAAAUACUUUCUAUCAUACUUUUCAUUUCAUAAGCUUACUUUGAUUUCUCUUUCAAAAUUUGUUAAAUUUAAACAAUACUUUAUUACAGCGCUACAAUAAUCUAUGAUCAAGAUUCUGAAACAUUAGAUUGUUUUAUUCUUUUUUUUUUCCCCAAUAAUACAUAGCUUUUGUAAUGUGUAAUAUAUUAUUGAUUCGUUUGUUAAUUAUUCUCUAAUUAAACACAAUCAUUUGAAACAAGAUAAUAGUUUUAUCACGAUAUUAUAAAAUUCUAAAGAGCUGCGCACGUUAAUGUUACUUAUAAUCAAGUCCGAUGCUUUGCGAAGUUUAUUCCUUUGUAAAUAAAAAUAAGAUUUUUGUUUUAGGUUGGUAGUCGUUUGUUGGCAUGUCAGAGGUCAAGCUAGUAACACUUUCAAAAAAGUAAUGUCAGUACUGUCAGUGACACGCCGGCCAUGGCAGAUUGGUUACAAUCGAAAAUUGUUCGUCUCGGCGAACUGAGCAGCGUAGAAGAAAAGAAGGCUAUUCUGUCUGACAUCAAAAUUAAAUUGGGAAAUUUAAAUAACAGAGAAACUGAACAGAUCUCUCGUAAUGUGGAUUUUAAUCAGUUGUUUACUCAGUUAACCUCAAAUGACAGAGAAUUUGUAGAUCAAGUAUGUGACAUUUUGAAGACAUUAUUUGGCAUUUUAGAACCUGGUGAAGUAUAUCUAAGGUAUUCAACAGAAAUAUCAGAAUUGAUAAUACAUCCAACUGCUGUAGUUAGAUCACUUAUGUUGCAUGAAAUUUUGUGCAUUGUUUCUAAUCCUCAAAAAUUACCUCUAUUGUUGAGAGAUGUCAAUUUAUUAGUUGCUAUUAUAAAUAGGAUCGGGGAUGAAAAUUUGAUGGUAGCUAAGUGUGCAAUGUGUAUAAUGAAAGAAAUUGGUAAAAAUCCAAAUGGAUUGCAGAUUUUAUAUACAGGUGAACUGUUAAGAAGUUUUGCUAAAUUGUUAGCGAAGAACGAUACUAUUAGUUUUCGCAUAUAUGAAGUUAUUGUGGAUAUAGCAAAAUCUUCAAAAGAAGGUCUAGAAGCUUCUGUAAAUGCAUUAGAAAUCGUGACGCAAUUGGCAUUAACAGAAGAAGGAUUAAGUUACUUGGAGCAACAAGAAGUUGUAAGAAAAUUGGUUCAAAAAAUAGCACAGGCUAAUGAAAAUCCAUUAUCAAAUUUAUUGAUCCCUGGAUUAAUGAAAUUUUUUGGAAAUGUUGCACGUUAUUGGCCUAAUGAAAUAUUUUCAAAAUAUCCAGUUGUUGUAUCUGCGUUAUUUGAAGUAAUAGAGAGUGGUGAUCAAACUAUUCUUGGUGUUGCCUUAGACACAUUGGGACAUGUUUCUAUGUGUGCAGAAGGUAAAUAUGCUCUACAAGCCUUGGGAGAUGCAAUGCCAUGUGCAUUGAAAAAAAUUGCUGAGAUAAUACAAAGAAUGCCUACAGCAUUAAGAAUUCGUGGGCUUAAUAAUUUGGCUCUUAUACUUGGUGUACAAAAAGCAGAACAAGACAAUAGAAUUUUAUCAUUAACAAAAUCAUGGUUUGAUUCUAUGUGUGACGAUCCACUGGGUAUGAUUGUGGCAUUGUGUAGACAACCAUUUGCAGAUAUUAGACAAGCAGGUCUAGAGGUGAUGGUUGUCUUGGCAUCUCAAGUAUGGAGUCAAGAAUACAUAUCCUCUUAUCCAGGUCUUGUAGAAUUUCUAUUGGACAGGAACAUUGAAUCUUUUAAAGAAUGUAAGGAAGCUAAAUACGAAGUUGUCAAACAGUUAGUUGAAGCUGAACAUGAUAUAUUUGAUGCAAAUACAAUGCAAAGGUUUAGGGACUUUGUAAAUCAAGGACCACAUUAUGUUGAAAUCAAUACAGAAGUUGCAAUAGAAGGACUAUGA